GUCUCUCGGCCGUGUUAUGUAACGGAUCAGCGCGCUCCCGGCGGCCGGACCCAAUGGGGCCUGGGCUGGGGGGCGGCGCGGACGCGCGCACGCAGGGUAAAGCGCGGUCCCGCGGCAGUGCGUGCGCGCUCACCCCAGCCUCCCCCUCUGUCUCUCUUCGCCUCGCUCGGUCUUUCUCCCCCCUUUGUGAAGCGCUCGGAGCAGCCCGGACCCUGCUGCCUUGCCAUGGCCGACGAAAAGCCCAAGGAAGGAGUGAAGACUGAAAACAAUGACCACAUUAAUCUGAAGGUGGCAGGGCAAGAUGGGUCUGUGGUGCAGUUUAAGAUUAAGAGGCACACGCCACUUAAUAAACUAAUGAAAGCCUAUUGUGAACGACAGCCCUGUCAAUGGCUUAUUGUUAUCUUAGGGCUAACUGAGGACUUAAUUCAUCAAGGCUGUCAGUCCAGCACCUUCCACCACAUUAACCUCACUUGAAAAACAAAUAAUCUUGAUGAAUGUCUAGGACUCCUACAGGAAAACUAGACAGAACUGGGAGGCAGAGACAACAGAGCUCUGCCAUUGACUGUAUCCUUUCCUCACUCAUUUGGGCUAUGUUUGCUCUACUAGACAUAGUGGACACUGACAGAAGGAGUUACAGGUUAUUGUAGGAACAUCACUUCCCCAAACAAUGUUAGCUAUACGAACAGAAGCCCUCUUCUCUUGGCAUAGUUGUAUCUACACAAGGAGUUUUGUCAGCAUAGCUAUGUUGCUCAGAGGUGUGGUUUUUUCACACCCUGACAGACAUAGUCAUAGAAUCAUAGAAUAUCAGGGUUGGAAGGGACCGCAAGAGGUCAUCUAGUCCAACCCCCUGCUCAAAGCAGGAUGCUGCUGUAAGUUUUAAAUGAAGACCAACCCUUAAUCUUUCCCUAUGUGUAGAAUGAGGAUAGACCAGCUGAAGGGUGCUGUUAAGUUUAGUUUGUAAAGCUCUUUGAAAACAAAGUGCAGAGUUGUGAUUACUACUUAGAGUGAAAACAAACUAGCUGUAAGCCCACAUGAGAAUGAAAGUAUUUCUGUGGAUGGAAAGGGCUACCAAAUGAUUUUAGUGAGAGUGAUAAGAUAAUAGAAAUUUCUUAAUUAAAAUUAUCUGGGUAGUCUCCCUCUGAAGGGAGAUGACUCCCUUAAAACCUAACUUCAUUUGCUCUCUGUAAAUGGUUCAUUCUACUGGUUUCUCAUCUUGUGUGUGUUCUAAAUAAUCCAGGUUCUGUAAUUUCAUCUCACGUGUCCCUUAAAUUCAAUAAGGAGGUUAGACUUGAUAUCAGCAUUAGAUGCUGGAAAUUUAAAUUAAUUCCAAAAGUAACCAUUCAGGAUUAAUCAGCUACUUAUUGAGUCACUUCAGACUAACAGAUUGAUGUGGGCUUUCUAUGAGAAGAAAAGGGGUCAUAGAAUUUUGCUGCUUUUAGAGAAAGUGAAAUCAAGCCGCGAUAACAUUUGAGCAGGGAUGUUAUUCCCCUUGUGACACUUGCCACCCAAAGUGCUACUUCUAACUUUCCUCCCACUGAAUUAUUUAAAAUUCUUGUAAACAAUUUUUUUUUUCAGUGGCUUCUGGCCUUCAGGACUUGAUUUGGGAUUUCUAGUACACUUUAUUUAAUAUUUAGUUAGUAGGGACAAUGAUGCAUCUUUUAGAAACUAAACACGUUGCAAUUUGUCAUUCAAAGCAGGUCAUAAUCAAAACAUAGCUCCAGUUACAAGUCAAAGUGAAGACUGAACAGUGUUUUAACAUGUCACUUAUUUCCCUUUG